CGCUGCCGGAAGAGGAAGUUUCGCCUCCGAACGCUCCCUCGCUGGUCCGAAUUCGGUGGCGCCACGUCCGCCGGUCUCCGCCUUCUGCACCGCGACCUGGGCUGCUUCCGCCUCGACACCUUCCACUCACGGAGACGGCCGCGUCGUGAAGGGGCUGGGACGGGGAGUCGGGCGGCUGUGCGCAUCCUGGCCAGCUAAGAGGCGAAGAUGUCGGACAUCGGGGACUGGUUCAGGAGUAUCCCAGCCAUCACGCGCUAUUGGUUCGCCGCCACCGUCGCGGUGCCCUUGGUCGGUAAACUCGGUCUCAUUAGCCCGGCCUACUUCGUCCUCUGGCCCGAAGCCUUUCUCUACCGAUUCCAGAUUUGGAGACCAGUCACUGCUGCCUUUUUCUUCCCUGUGGGUCCAGGAACGGGAUUUCUUUAUUUGGUCAAUUUGUAUUUCUUGUAUCAGUAUUCUACACGACUCGAAACAGGUGCUUUCGAUGGGAGGCCAGCAGACUAUUUAUUCAUGCUCCUCUUCAACUGGAUUUGCAUCGUGAUCACCGGCUUGGCAAUGGACAUGCAGCUGCUGAUGAUCCCUCUGAUCAUGUCAGUGCUUUAUGUCUGGGCCCAGCUGAACAGAGACAUGAUUGUGUCGUUUUGGUUCGGAACACGAUUUAAGGCCUGUUACCUGCCUUGGGUCAUCCUCGGGUUCAACUAUAUCAUCGGAGGCUCGGUGAUCAACGAGCUCAUCGGAAAUCUGGUCGGACAUCUCUAUUUCUUCCUCAUGUUCAGAUACCCCAUGGACUUGGGAGGAAGAAAUUUUCUGUCCACACCUCAGUUUCUGUACCGCUGGCUCCCCAGCCGGAGAGGAGGGGUGUCGGGGUUCGGCGUGCCCCCUGCGAGCGUGCGGCGAGCUGCCGAUCAGAACGGCGGAGGCGGCAGACACCACUGGGGACAGGGGUUUCGGCUUGGGGACCAGUGAAGGAACGGCCUCUGGCCCGCCCACCAGCCACUCUGCUCGAUGAACCCCCCCCACCAGUGCCGGGUGUGCGUAACACCCGACUUCCAGCAGACGCUGGUGGACCCGACCCACACUGAAUGUAGCCUUUCAGUACAAGACACCACUUUCUAAUGCUGAAGGAAAAUAUAAGUGUUCCUCACGUUUCCCGACUCUCAGUCAAGUCCUUACUGCUACGAAGAACAAAUGUCGACUGCGCGGAUUUCAGAAGGGACUCUGCUUCUGGGCGUCCCCUCCCCCCUUCCCACCCGAAUACUGGGUUUCGGUAGGUGGUCGUCUGCUCUCACCAGCCUGGGCCUCUAGGGUUGGGCCCCCAAGUCUUUGUCUGAGGCGCUCUUACCUCCUCCUCGCACUCACCCCUCCCUCCUACUCUCUUCCACCCUCCAGACUUGCAGCUCGAGGAGGUUGCCCGUAAACUGGUUCUGCCUGUGACAAGCUCUCGUAUUUAUUGACUGUUGCCAAGGCUGGGUCACAGAAAACUUGCUCAAACCUCCCUGCCCUCCGGUGGCAGAACUGUGACGGUAGGGAAGAAGACCCGGAGCAGCAGGCCAAGAGCUUUUUCUCGGCUUCUGCCACCGCUGUGACCCGGCUUCCGUUGCACCCACUUGCCACCCCUUCAGGAGUUUUUAUUUACGGAAGCUCCUCCAGGCCAGCAGGGGCCGCAGACCCGUGUUGACUCGGCGAGCAGGCUGUGGCGAGGCACUUUUUGUCCCGAGUGAAGGGCUCACAACUGUAGUGGAGUUGCAUCUUCCCCAGGUUUAAACUGGUGGGCAUAACCCCCUUGCAGCCCGUGUGUGAGGCAUACCGGCUGGGCGUGUGCCCAGAAUGUAGCUGGAUUGUGCUGCGCCAGAAAGUUCCAAGUCACGCUCGCCACGGCCAGAGGCUGUCUCUGCAAGGCCCCGGGCACUGGUUCCGCUUCACUCUCGUCCUGGGUGUGUGUGUAGUGGGCAGAGGGGCAGGGAGAACCUUGCACCCUAUUUAAAUCGUCAUUUUUUGCCCCCCCUCCUUUAAUGGCCAAAUACUUCAGUUAAUUGUGAGGAGGGUGCAGUUCCUCCGUACAAAGAUCCUAUUUUAAGAGCUCGUAUAAGCACAUCUAGGUGAGUCUCCCAGCUUUGGGUUGUAAUGGCUUUAGAAUCAUUGUGUUUGAGAGGAUCACUUUGAGUCAUGAAGGUGCAGUAGACCAGCAUAAAUGCCCACAACUCCUUUCUCACAGGUGGGCUGUUCCCCGAGAUCCAGGCUUGUUGCGGAAUUACAGCCUCUCAUUGGAUGUUUCUAUUCCGAAAGCAAACUGCUAGGGGCAGCGUUGCGAGGCUGCCGUACCUAGUCAGCUAACAAGGCUUUGAACCUUUCGGUGAAGCCCCUUUCCGGGAGCGGUGUGCACUAACAGGAUCGCUGUUCUUCGCCCCGCCCCGCCCCUCGUGGUGUGUGUUGUCCCAGGGCGCGGGGGUUUGAACACAGCUCCUCCUUUUUAAUAAAGUUUGUGCGUACUUCUCCGUGUUUAAUUUAUAUGGCAAAAUAGGAGGUGGGAAGACCCUGGGCCCUACCUGUCAUACGUUCUGUUGCCGACCUGUGGCCACAAUAAAAUGUACUUGUAC